UGUUAAGCGGUGGUGUGUCUUCAAGUGUCGUGCAUGCAUUUUAUGCAAAUCUGUUGCUUUGCAUGCACUCUCUCUCCUCUCUCUCUCUCUCUCUCUCUCUCCCCUCUUUCUCUCUCUACAAAUACAGUCCCAAUACGCCCGUACACGCGUUCUUCGGUCUCACCGGCCGUUUUUUCGCUUCUCUCUCCUCCUCUUUUCCCACCGGUGAGCAAUCUGAGUUGAAAUAGCGAGGGAUUACUUCUCAGUUCUCGAAGAAGAUUUGGGCGUUCGGAGAUUGCGGCGAGCCGAGUGAGGAGCUCGCUGGUUGAUUUAGUGUGCGGUUUUUCUCAAUCGAAAGGGGUUUUAGGGAUUUGGUUUUGAUUUCUCUGUUUUUGCGCUUGGAGGGGAUAGAAUUUGGUGCGAUGGGGUCUACGAUUUGCAUGAACGCUUCGUGUGGGACGACGAGCACGCACGAAUGGAAGAAGGGCUGGCCUCUGCGAUCCGGUGGAUUGGCCUAUCUCUGCUAUACCUGCGGAUGUGCUUAUGAGAGUUCCAUUUACUGCGAAAGAUUCCAUUCAGACGAACCUGGCUGGAGAGAUUGCGGAUCAUGUGGCAAGCAAAUCCACUGUGGAUGCAUAGUUUCUAAGUCCUUGUAUGACUUUCUGGAUUUUGGAGGUGUAGGGUGCAUUAGCUGCCUAAACAGUUGUCGACUCCAUUCGCUAAAGAAUAAUGACAUGUCUAAAGGAUUUGGUGGAUCAAGUGAUGCUGGUGACUCACAAUCAAACAUAAUCCAUAAUAGAGUGGUUGCUGAUAGCGUAGAUGAGGGAAGAUUAAUGCAACUGUGCAAAAUUAUGGAGGAUAAUGAACCGAGCCUCCUGCCUCAAUUUCAGAGAGCUGAACUAAAUGCAUCUCUGGGUCAAAACAAACAAGAUGAGAUCAUGAAUCAAAUGGGAGAAGUUAGCCGAGAAUUUUCAAGUGUGGCUCAGCCAUCUUUUGGAUCAUUAGGAUUUGCUAAGCCAGACAAUAACAGAACCACACUCGAGGUUAAAGAUAGGCACGAACCUCUUGUUGAGCCAUCAUUGAGCAUGACUCUGGGAACUUCAAAUUUUGUGCUGCCUUUUUCUGGCAAGGUUGUUGGUGGGAGAGAACAGAGCAAAACACCUUCGCCCUCCUUUGAAUCACAUAGACAACGCCCUAUACUGCCCAAACCUUUGAAACCUGCCCUCAAUGUGUCAGAGUCAAACAAAGGUGUAAUUACUCAGAUGCGCAUAGCUAGACCUCCAGGUGAGGGACGGGGAAAAAAUCAGUUGCUUCCUAGAUACUGGCCAAGGAUUACUGACCAAGAGCUGGAGCAAUUAUCUGGAGAUUUGAAUUCCACUAUAGUGCCUUUGUUUGAGAAGGUGCUGAGCGCUAGUGAUGCUGGUCGUAUUGGUCGUUUGGUUCUUCCAAAAGCAUGUGCUGAGGCAUAUUUUCCUCCUAUUUCUCAGUCGGAAGGCCUGCCUUUAAGAAUUCAAGAUGUGAAGGGGAAUGAGUGGACUUUUCAGUUCAGAUUUUGGCCCAAUAACAACAGCAGGAUGUAUGUUCUGGAAGGAGUUACCCCUUGUAUACAAUCCAUGCAACUUCGAGCUGGGGAUACAGUAACUUUUAGCCGCAUAGACCCUGGAGGCAAACUUGUUAUGGGGUUUCGAAAGGCAUCAAACACUUCAGAUAUGCAGGAACCACAAGCGUCUGUUCUUCCUAAUGGGACUAUUGGGGAGUCCUCUUUUUCUGGUGUUACUGAGAAUCUGCCUGCUGGACCCGGAAGUAGUUACUCUGGCCUCCUGCAGACAAAUAAAGGAACCAAGGACCCUCUUACUAAUGCUGCGUCUGAACACUUGCAUUUGGCUGAUGUGGAUAUUGGGUCGCACAAAAGUGAGACCAAUGGUUGCAGGACAAAUGAAGAAGUGAUGCAGCAACCAGUUUCAAAUUCAGAGAAGAAGAGGACUCGAAAUAUAGGGUCUAAAAGUAAGAGGUUGCUUAUGCAUAGUGAAGACGUGCUGGAGCUGAGACUAACGUGGGAAGAAGCUCAAGACUUGCUUCGUCCACCUCCAAGUGUCGAGCCAAGCAUUGUGACUAUUGAGGACCAUGAAUUUGAAGAGUAUGAUGAGCCACCAGUUUUUGGGAAGAGAACGCUAUUUAUUUCAAGGCCAUCUGGGGGCCAGGAACAAUGGGCUCAGUGUGAUGACUGCUCCAAAUGGCGGAAGCUGCCCGUCGAAGUUCUUCUCCCUCCAAAAUGGACUUGUUCAGACAAUGCUUGGGAUUCCAGCAGGGGUUCAUGCUCUGCACCAGAGGAGAUGAGCUUGAAGGAGCUGGAGAAUCUUCUAAGAUCAAGCAAAGAUUUUAAGAAGCGAAGGACUGCAGAAAACCACAAAGCAACGGAGGAAUGUGAGCCUUCUGGCUUAGAUGCUCUGGCUAGUGCUGCGGUGCUGGGAGAUAACGUUGGUGACUCUGGUGAGCCAUCAGUUGGAGCCACCACCAAACAUCCCCGACACCGCCCAGGUUGCACUUGCAUUGUGUGCAUUCAACCCCCAAGUGGGAAGGGCAAACACAAACCCACCUGCACAUGCAAUGUCUGCAUGACUGUGAAGCGCCGCUUCAAAACCCUCAUGCUGCGCAAGAAGAAAAGACAAUCGGAACGCAAAACCGAGUCCGCGCAGAAGGAUGAUAACCAAAACAAAGACGGACCAGAAACGAAUGGCACCACAUUUAAAGAUGUAUUGUUGCGCAUGAAUCAUUCGGAGAAUGAAGAUAGCCAGAGCAGAGUUCAAGCUGAUGUUGCUGAAUCUAGUGCAGGCCAAAUUGACUUGAAUUCUGAUCCAUGCCGUGAGGACAUGCAAACGGAGGUGCCAGAACUGACGAUGAUGGGCCUUGUCCAAGCUGCCAGCUCUCAAUUAGAAAAUUACAUGAAGCAAAAUGGGAUUACUGGCUUGAUGUACAACCAACAACCACCCACUCUCGGUUCUUGUCUAGUCAAAAAAGCUACCGGAGAGGGUGGGAGAGACAUGUCUAAAGAAGGGUGCCUUACGUCUGUUGUUUGGGAGCGGGAGAGUAGAGUUGAUUGAGUUUACCAAUUACCAUGAUCCUAAAUUUAGACUGAAACAUUACCAAUUAAAUUAUGUUCAAUAGCGGAAAGUGAAGGAAAGUUUGUUCUCUUUUUACUCUCCAAACAUGAAAGGUGUAUCACAGUCUGGAUCUGCCGUAAAAGAAUGCGUGUUUUUGGGUUCUUUUGUUCAUAUGCUAAACCGUUUCUCCAUCUAUACUUAAUAUACGUGCUCUUUUGUGCGUCCGAGUGAGGGGAAGAAUUUAGGCUUCUUUCCUGCAGGAUUUCAAUUGUUGUUUUGUUUAUUUGUUUCUCUUUUUUUCUUUUUGGCUUUAGUGGAACGACAGAAAUUCACAUGUGGAACUAGAGGAUGUCGUUUUCCAUGUUGCUCAGAAAUAUGAAGGAAAAGGAAAAAGUAUAUUAACCUUGGAGCUAGAGGGAAAGGGUGGAUCAUAAAUUAUAGAUUCGUCUUC